AUGAAUCCCAAUUUCAACUGUACGGUUUCUUCUUCGGAUAUGAGAAAGUAUCCUCGUCGUUUGUAUGAGGUUGGGAAAACCCCAGUUCAGAGUAGGAGCAUGAACCAUAGUUGUUAUCUCUCCAACAUUCAAACCGUGAGAGAAGAACUUGGGGAAGAUCUGAAAGAGCUGCCUUAUAUUUGGUCUGCGAAAGUUGUUCACCAUUUUCUUGCCAAUCAAUUGGCAAUCGAGAGCAGUCAUGAGAUUUGGUCUUUGAUAGAUGAUUCUAUGCCAUUGCGUUUCUCUUUGUAUGAGUUUGGAGAGAUUACAGGUCUGAAUUGUGAUCCUUUCGACAAGCAUGACGUUUGGGAUGUUGACCAUCAAGAGUUUUGGCUGGAGAUGAACGUUCCGACAUCAGAUGGACCUACAUUGCUAGAGUUGCAAGCCAUAUUGCUGAUUUGCAGAAACUGGCCUCGAGAGAAGCGAGUGAUGAUUGGUUUGUUGUGUCUGCUAUCCAUUGGCAUAUUUGGCAUUUCAAGCAACAGCAGAAUUCCUUUGCAUUGUGCUAAAAGGGUGAUGGACACUGCAGCUUUCCAGCGAUAUCCAUGGGGCCGUAUUGGAUUUUGCAGCCUUGUCGAUUCCAUUAAAGAGAAAUAUAUGGGAAUCGGAUUGAUGGAGCUGAUGUUCCUCUUCUGUCAUGGAGGGGAUCUCGUACGCGUUCGUGUGAGGCAUAUGAUUAUGAAGCCAGUGGAGGAUAUAUAUCCGAAGUGGGACAAUGAUAAAAUCUAUACUGAUCUGGACAACAUGAUAAAAGACAUCCUUAAUGGUCAGCUAAAUGAGAAGUUUUGGGAUGCAGUGCCCACUACCAAAUGCCAGAAGAGAAAAAAUGGUGUUGUCGCAUCUGUUGUUCCAAACCAGAGGCCUUCUACUAUGCGAAGAAAAGACAAAGAACCUGCUGAUGGAAGUGAAGCGUCUGAUAUGGCUGCAGCUCACAACGUUGCCAUAAGUGGGUUAGCUGAGUUGGUUAAAAUCCUCACUGCGAAAAUGGAAGGCAUCGAUGAUAGUGUAGCUGACAAGGUUACUAAAGCAUUAGAUGUUACUAUUGACUCUAAGGUGGAAGCAAGAGUGCGAGCAUAUGAGUCUGACUUACGGAAUCAGAUUGCAAAAUUGGAGGCACAAAUAAAUGUUAGUAAAAACAACGCUGAUGUGAACAUUGCUCCUGAUGUCACCACCUCCAAAGCGUAUGAGGAUGAGGAAGAUGGUGCUUGUAGCAAUGACUUGUCAUGGAUUGUUCAGAAGAAGAUCAAUUCACAAGAUGGACUGCCAGUUGAUUGUGUUGUGAAGAAGGAGAAAAAAGAUAAGAAGACGACGGAUAGCACACAAAAUCUUACGACUGAAGUGGUGAUAAAGACUGAGAAGAAAGCUGGAAUUCCACCAAGAAGAGUUAAGCAAGAGAAGGCCUUCGAGAUCCCACAGCUAAAUGAUGAAUCCAUAUCUUCAAAAGAUUUGGAAAAUCAUCUACAGUGGGAGAAGAGUGUAAAAUGUAGGGCGGUGUUGGAAGCACUUGCGUCAAAUUUGAAGGAGCCUACACGCAGACGCAAGCCUCAGUUGACAAAGACUCAAGUUUGGCCGUUUGUUGGAAAUUCAACAGUGAAGCGUAUUAUAAGUGGUGAGAAAGUCUCCAAGGAACCUUAUGACCCAUUAGCUAAGGUGGAGGCAGAGAAACUGCAGAAAGUUUUGGAUUUCAUCAACUCUGAUUUGGAAGCAAAGGAGCCUGGUGUUGGAGAUGAAAGUGCUGGAUUUUUCUUGAAGUUAUUGAUACCUAGGGAUGAUUGGCCAAAAAAAGACUACGGCUGGUUGAAUGACUCCCACAUUGCAGCAGCAAUGCUUAUGUUUCACAGACGGUCCAGGCAAGAACAGUCUCCGUAUUCCUCUUCUCGAAUUGCAUUUCUGUCUCACUGGUUUGUGAACUCAUGGGUGAACGACUACAAGAGCUGGGACCAGAACACUGAGUUGUCAGAAAUGUACAUCAAGGCUUUUAAUGGAGAACACCCGGCUGAUUUUGUCACAGGUAAUAAGUGGAUUGCAGACGUCGACGAUCUUUUCCUCUGCCACCAUGUUAAUGGAGAUCACUGGGUUGCUCUACGCAUCGAGCUGCUUAAGGGGAAAAUUCAUGUUUAUGAUAGUAUUUGCACACAUGUGAGUGAUAAGGAGAUGAAAGAGGCAUGCCGGCCUUUGUAG